AUGAUGUGCACCGCCCCGCCCCGCCCGUGGAUAGUGCACGUCUUCCCUCCUCACUCGUCGAUAGGAAUGAAUGCAAGCAAGCUCAGCUGCGACGACACUAUCGAGCCGCAUCUAAGCGAAGGCGUCCAGCUCCAACGGCACUGGCACGAGCAGCUCGAUGUGAAACGUGAGCGGGAGGCUCGUUUCACGACUGCAUUCACCCUCACCGAGCGACAGCGACAGCGACAGCGACAGCGACAGCGACAGCGACAGCGACAGCGGACGGAGGCGAUGACAGAGUGGCCUCCGAGGCAGCUGAAUGGCGUCGCCGGUGGAGGAUGUGUACGGCGCCCUGAGCGAGCAGCCUCGCUCCUUCCCCCAAUGCUGCUGUGCGAUCAGUCUGCCACUGCUGUCGCAUCUGAUGGGCAGCAUCCCGCCCGGCCCAUCCACCUUGGUUCUUUCCGUGAGGCACCCCAUUAUUAUUCAUUCCCCGCCAUUGUUCUACCCCGCCGCAGAUGAACCUUGUUCUUGUCCCUUGCUGUGCUUGCUGUGCCGUGCUGGUUCUGGACUGACAACCUUUGUGGCCCCGGGCGUAGGUCGGCUCUGGCACGGGUCUUCUGGAGCAACUGCUGUACCGCCAUAGCCAUGGCCAGUGUCAGGUCGUCGGCGUCGAGGUGCCCAGCUGUACCAAUCUCUUCCUGCCCGACGAGCGCAUGCUGCGGGUGCCGGAUGUGCGCGCCGUCCACCCCAUCGUUGCCGAGCACGCGGGAGACGUGUGUCUCCUCUUCGUCUACCCACGCUCCCCACCGCUGAUCCUGCAGUAUGUGCGGAGCUUCGUCCUCGCUCGUGCUCGUGCCCGCGCUAGUGCACGUGCUGCUGGCCCCGCACCGCACACGCACACGCAGCUGUCUAUCCUGCUCAUCUCCCACGCAACGGACAUAUCGGACAUCGAGGCGCAGAUGAAGGCGGCUUGCGAGCAUGUACAAGUCUUCUCCAGCCACCCGGACCUGCUGCCCGAGUAUGAAUUCCUCGCCGCUGCCUCCUCUCCCAGACCAGAGCUGGCCGUGACCUGA